AUGGCUACCUCGAUCAAAGUUGCUGCGGCGAAGAUAGUAGAACAGAGAACUCAUCAGAUACCUGGUAAGCUGAGAGUCACUGAGCACUUCUUCGACGUGCCCAAGGACUAUUCAAAGCCGGACUCUGGAACCAUUCGUAUCUUUGCUCGUAGUGUCAGAAAGCAUGAAUCUCCUGCAGAUCCCAGCGACCAUGAUGGAAAGAAGAGUCAAUUGCCGUGGAUGGUUUUCUUGAACGGUGGUCCUGGAGGCCCUUGUCGACACCCCAGUGCUUAUCCUUUUACUUGGACUAUCCUGGACAAAGGCUACCAAAUGCUCUACCUCGAUCAGAGAGGCACUGGUCUCAGCACGCCAAUCACUCCUAGUACACUGGGCUUGCGUGGGGAGAAUGAUGUGCAAGCCAAAUAUCUUAAGCUCUUCCGCGCUGACAGUAUUGUGCGAGACUGCGAGGCCAUUCGACAAUCUUUGACUGCAGAUUACCCACCUGAGAAGCAGAAGUGGAGCAUCAUGGGACAAAGCUUUGGCGGAUUCUGUAGCAUCACGUAUCUCUCAUUCUACCCACAGGGACUGCGCGAAGCUUUCAUCUAUGGUGGUCUUCAACCGCUUGUCAAGCAGCCCGACCCAGUCUACAGGGCGCUCUACAAAAGAGUGGCCAGACGAAACCAGGACUACUACAAGAAAUACCCUGAGGAUGUUGACAGGGUCAAGACGAUCGUGAAAUACUUGCAGCGCUUUGGUGACGGCGUUAUCAAGUUGCCAACUGGGGGCAACCUGACUGCAAGACGCUUCCAGCAGAUGGGCCUCAUAUUUGGAAUGCAUGGAGGCAUUGAUAGCGUGCACGAAGCUGUGCUGCGUGCGGCCUACGAUAUCGAGGCUUUCGGCCACUUGACUAGAGGUACACUCUCUGCCAUCGACGCACUCACAUCCUUUGAUGAAGGAGUCAUAUAUGCUAUCUUGCACGAGCAGAUCUACUGCGAAGGCAAAGCACCCAACUGGUCUGCUGAGCGAAUGCGCAACGAGUUCCCAGAGUUCGAAAUUACUUCGGAGGGACCUGUUUACUUCACAGGAGAGAUGAUUUUUAGCUGGAUGUUCGAGGAUUACAGCGAGCUUCGCAAGAUUCAAGACGUCGCCAAUCGAGUAGCUGCAGACUCCGACUGGCCAGCAUUGUUUGACGAAGAGCAACUCAGCAAGAACGAGGUUCCUGUAUACGCAGCCGUGUACCGAGAAGAUAUGUAUGUCGACUAUGACUACUCUCGUGAGACGGCGGAGAAGAUCAAGGGAUGUAAGACUUUCACGACCAAUGUCAUGUACCACAAUGCCAUUCGUAGCAAGGCAGACGAGGUCAUCAGGCAAUUAUUCGAGCUGAGGGACGAUGUCAUCGAUUGA